UAUACCAUAGCUCAUAUGUGUAAGAUAUACUAGUACAAUACUGCAUUCUUAUUUUCUGAGACAAGUCUUCCUGUCACUAAAGAAUCUAAUGGCGUCAAUAUUCUUCUUUGCCAGAACAACGUUUUGAGAAACUUUGAUCUUUAUUAGCCAAGAAUGUGCUUAUUUGCUUAGGAAGACUAAAUUUCUAAUUAAAUAGUGACCCCUUCAGUAGAUAUGUGCGUGCCCUUCCUCAGAGCCCAGCACAAGCUUACCAUGUUUAUAGAAUCUUCAUUAACCGACGACCCUCACCAGAUAAGCUACGUUAAUACUUGAUAAGUAAUAGGGAAAAUGUUUGUCUGGUUGACAUCUGUUGGCCUAGUGGUUUUAAAAGUCAAGGAAAGGCACUUCCUUAACAAUUCCAAUCAAACACAACCAAAGUGGUUGUGGGAGUCUUGUUAAUCUGAGUAUAUUGUGGACAAGGAACUGCUGAAAAAGAUAUCAUGAGUUCUUUACAAAUCUAUACUUUCUGUAUGCUAAUAAUUGUCCUGGGAGAAUUUACCUACACUAAGCCGCUGGCAGGCUGGAAUCAUGAGACCUCUCUCAGGCACCGAGGAGAUGAAGAAAAAAAAGAGAUUCCGAGCUCCUUUACUGAAAGAGAUGAAACAAUUUCAUGGAGUUUGAACUCAUCACAGGUCCUUUUCCAAGAGAAAAGCAAGAUGAAUCACUCGCAGUUUAUGAUUGAUCUGUAUAACAGAUAUGUAACGGAUAAAAAGGCAAUGCCUAUGUCAAAUAUUGUACGUAGUUUUACAGCUGAAGAUGUUCUGUUUUCUUCAUCAUCAGAGGACCCUAUCCAGAGUCAUAUUUUGCUCUUCAAUGUUUCUAUCCCACAGCAUGAGGAGGUAACACAGGCAGAGCUGAAGAUAUAUGUCUCAAGUCAUGACAAUUAUAAUGGGAACAUGUUAUUAUAUGACAUCCUUCACAUGAAUCCAGCUAAGAAUCUGAAAGAUACACAUUCCUUCUUACAAUCUAAAGAGUUUGAGGGAAGUGAGUGGGUAACAACUGACGUGACCAAGGCAGUGAAGAGAUGGGUAAAAUCUGAAAAUGAAAAAAACAAAUUAGAGAUUUUCCUGAAGUCAAAACAUCUAGUUGAACAUUUCGAUGACCCUGGCGCAUUUGUUGUUACACAAAACCCACCUUUCCUUAUAAUUUUCUCAGAUAACAAAUACAUCAAAAUUAAGGAAGACAAAACAGGUAUUAGAGAGAUGAUAUCUUACGAGCAGGCAAGUAGUCUGGAAAUGGUUUCCCAAAAUUACACUUUGGUCCAGGAAAAAAAAGAAGAAAAUGUUGGAGAGAUUAAAAAAUCCUUAAAGGAAAAUAAAAAGAGAAUCACGCGUAGCGUGAAAUCUAAUUACUGCAGAAAAUCAAGCCUCAUAGUGAAUUUUCAAGAUAUAGGCUGGGAUUCAUGGAUUUUGGGACCCAAGAGCUAUGAUGCAGGUGAAUGCAAAGGGGAGUGCUAUUAUCCCCUGACAGAUAACUUGAAACCUACAAACCAUGCCCUUGUGCAGACACUGAUGCAUCAAAAAUAUCCCAAAAAGGUCAAAAAAGCUUGUUGUGUACCCACCAGGCUAGAACCAAUACAGAUCAUGUACAUAGAUGAUGGUAUACCCACGAUAAACCUUAACUAUCAGGGAAUGAAAGUAGCUGAAUGUGGGUGCAGGUAG